GUUUAUCCGUCUGGGAAAUGUGUGACGAAAAAGAUGGUCGAUAAUUCAAUGACACAUUACAACGAGUGUAUCGACGUUUCAACCAGAGAUUGACCGAGAACAGCAUGGAGAAAGCAAGCAACAAGUUGUACACAACUGAGCAACAAAGCUAUGAGCGAAGAACCAACCUGGAUCUGACCUGGUUUGCGGACACGUGCUGGGAGUUUGUAUUUGAGAACGACCGCGAUGGCAACGAAGUGUCCGGAUCCUCUGACGCACUCCUGGCUGCAGUGAGGGCCGGUAAAAGGAUCAAAGUUCGAAUAGGACGAACAUUUCAUCAGGCGAACUUUAUUACCGUAAGCACCGACGACAUCGUAACGAUACAGGCAUCGGACAGCAUGAACGACAACCUACAGGACCCAACACGGCAAUGGCUGUUCGUGUCCACUAGCGGGAAGGUGACCACCGUCAGGCACAAAAUCAGCGAUGCAAACGCAAUCCCCGAAAAAACUGACGAUACUAUGGCUUUAUGUUGGUUUGUGGAACUCCGCGAUUGGUCAACGGGAAGCGGCGAGUUACAGUGGAUAAAAGACAAUGCUGGGGGCGACUUCCGGUUAAAGAUCAUUGCUGCAAGUGAACUGUAUUUUGAGUCAGAAGUUUACCUUGUGACUGAUGGGUUAAAUGAUGCGCUUUUCCAUACUCGACACGAGUUGGUAGAAAAAAAUGGGAUAUUUUACCAUCGUAGCAGUGCAUUCUGGAUGCCCUCUAAGUACGCCUAUAACGAUUAUACGUUCGAGAGAGCUAAUGGGACUUGGAGCCACAACGCCGAGGGUUCCCAGCCUAACGGUCCGAUUGUCUGGUUUAUCGGAAUGUAGCUUCCUGAUAGCAGUAGUCGAACGAGGUUGAAAUAACUCAUGGACUUCACAUAUAUGUUGUUGCAAUACCAAUCAUUUCUCUAAAAUGAGAUGCUUUUAUUUUCAAAUCAAUCACACUUAACAGUUGGUUUAAGGCUUAGAUGCAAAAUAAAUUUACCCAAAUAAUUCUUUAUCUGUGAAACAAAAGUUUUGUAGAAUGUUGGUAAAAUUCUGAGACAAAUCCAUUUAUGUAGAUACUUGUGAUACCAACCAGCACGA